AUGGUGAAGGCUGACCGUGCAGGCAAGUUCACCUGCAAGAUCAACAGCACGCAUUGGGCGCCCGAGGCAUGCGAUGACGGCAACAGCAAGGAUACCGGCGGGGAUGCACGCUGGGCUGAGUCAUUUGGGCAGCAGGCACGAGAUCAAGGCAGAUGGGCGAGAGGCACAAAGAGUGACGGCGACGGCGCGGCGGCAUCGAGGCAAGAGCUGGACUCUGCGAGUGCAGGCGCAAGUGCGAGCGCACACCCUCACCGGCACCCACAUGCCCUGGCCCAUGUUGUCGUGCUGUGCCUGGACGACGAGGUGUUGGACUGGUGUGUGGACCGAGGCCUUCGUUGCGUCCCCUUUAACCUCAACAUGACAAAGCGCCGAUAUCUGUGGCAAGCGCGGCUGUACUUGAUCCGGGACUGCCUUGCGCAAGGGUACGACGUGCUCAUGCAUGAUGCAGACGUGACCUGGUUCUCGAAUCCGCUACCCGAGCUCAUCACCACCGUCAAGACCCAUUCGCUCGAUCUCCUCGGACAGCGUGGCAGCUAUCCCAAGACCGUGUCCAACCGUUGGGGUGCCGUGCUAUGUGGUGGACUCAUCUAUUAUCGCGCAACCUCUGCAACGAGACUGGUCAUGGAUGUUGCGAUCGGGCUGCUGGAGUACCACUCACCGGACGACCAAGUGCUGAUCAACAUGGCCCUGGCCUUGCUUGCAGGCACGCGCAUGCCGUCCUCGGUCACUUCAACCGGGAACAAGGUCCUCAGACGCCUGGGUGUCCGCCCGGCCGCACCCCUGCGAGGCAGGACGAUGGGUGUUGAGCUGACCGGCGCUGUUGCCGCACGCGAGCAGAAGCGCUGUGCCCGCAAACUCUGCUACGACGCGUCGACCGACACCGCCAUCCUGGUCGCGCGCACCCAGACCCCGAAUGAAGAGGGCGGCGAGCAUGCCGUGCGCGUUGGCCUGCUGGGCAACAGCCCGUACGCGCGCAAGUGCAGUGCAAACACGCCAGCUCGCGGCCGCCCCAACAGCAGCGGCGAGCAUGAGAGGCAGCGGCUGGCCCAUUGUCUGACACACAACAAGGGCACGGAGAUGCAGGUGAAAGUGCAGGAGCUGCGGGGCUUUCACGUGUGGCUGGUGAAAGAGAGCCGAGACGCCACCUGCGUGAAGGAAGCAAAGGAGGCCGUGGCGGCAACCGCAGCGGCGACCGCAGCGAGUGCCCCCAUGCACAGGAAACUACAACAACAGCAGCAACAAGAUGAGCUGGAAUAA